AUGACGGAAGACCUAGCUGCUAAACAACCGAUAUUGGUCAAUCACUCUAGGCCACUGCUGCUUGACGACAACGCAAGACCACACACUGCACAACAAACAACCACUAAGUUAGAUGAGCUACAAUUGGAAUGUCUGCGAUAUCCACCGUAUUCUUCGGACCUUUCUCCAACAGAUUACCAUUUUUUCCGGAUUUUGGACAAUUCUUACAAGGAAAAUAAUUCAACUCCGAUGCGGCAGUCCAAACAGCCUUCAAAGAGUUUAUUGAUUCUCGUCACCAUGGUUUUUUUAUUAAAUGAAUCAAUUAACUACCUAUGA